GACCUGUUUCACAAACACAGUGGACAGAAGGACACGAUCGACAAGCCAGGCCUGAUCAAGCUGCUCAAGGAGAAUUUCCCCAGCCUCCUGGCCGCCUGUGACAAAAAGGGCACAAACUAUCUGGCCAAUGUCUUCGAGAAGAAGGACCAGAACAACGACGGCCAGAUCGACUUCUCUGAGUUCCUCUCCUUGCUGGGGGACAUAGCCUCCGACUACCACAGGCAGAGCCAUGGAGCCCCGCCCUGCUCCGGGGGAAACCAGGGACACCCUUAAACACAAUAAAGUGUCU